GUGAAUGAAAAUGUGAAUUUCAGAGUGAAAUACAACAACUAUUCUUGGGCAGUAAUUCUUUCAGAUACCACUGGAGGGCGCUGUUACACUUACCACACUAAGAAUAGUUGCUCUAGCUUAUUACCACCCCCCUCGACCCCGCCCCGUACCACCACCACAAAAAAACGAAGCACACGAAAAGUAAAGUGCAUUUUCCCUUUUGCCCCAAGAGUACCCAAUCAUUUAACACUAAUCCCUUAAUCUCUACUUUUCAAAGUUUGUUAUUUAGGAUUAAUUUGAAAGAGGAAGACCCCUUGAUGAAGGUCAUCUUGCAUCGGGAGCCGCCGAGGUCGCGUGAAAGUCCCGCACCGGAAGCCACGUUUGCCUCUACACUACACGUAGAACGUACACUUGUAUGUUUAGCUUGAUGCGAAUUAUACAUCUAGUUUGUGUUCAGUUAUGACUUAUUGUGUCCCUUUGUUUUCUUUUCUUGUGUUCAAUUGUCUUUGAUGAUGUUCUAUUGUGUUCUACGUUCUCAUCUUUGAUGAUGUUCUAUUGUGUUCUACGUUCUCGUUUAUCCUGUUAUGUUCUCGUAGCAUUUUCUGAUGUCUUCUGUUGUUUUGUAUUGUGUUGCAGUCUUAUGUUCAAUGCAUUUCUGUUUUGGUCGAUUUAUUGUGUGCUAUUUAGUUCCAUUCUGUUGUAUUAUUUUAUUUUGUAUUGAGUGCUGAUGUCCAAAAAAUGUCCUAUAAAACAUUUCUAAAGAAUUUCCAAAGAACUAUAGAACUUUUAGGACCCAAGUCCUAUAGAAUUUAUAUAGAAAUUUUAUUGUUUUGUAGAAAUUCUAUAGAAAAUCACAGCCAAAGUUCUAUAGAACAAGAUUUUCUGUACACAUUCUAUAGAAUUUCUAUAGAAUUUUUUUAGCAGGCAGUGUUCUAUUGUGUCAUAAUGUGUUUUUUAAUGCUUCCUUGUGUUUUUUUUUUUCGUGUUCCAUUGUGUUGUACUUUAUUGUGUUCUAUUUUGUUGCUUUUCUGUACUAUUUUCAGUGUGUCAGGUUUAAACCCAACCGCUGGACUAAAUAUGCAAAUGAAGGGACAGAAGAGGUCUUCAAUUCGUCCUGUAUGUGGAGAAACUGGUUUGGCUGACCAGCUGCACCUCCCAAAACCCGUUCUGAGUCAGCCUUACCGGUGUCCCACCUUUUUAUUAGUUUCUGAGGACGAAAGAUCACAAGGUUACAAAUUCAAAUGGAGGAACAGAUGGCAAUACCGAUACAAAGACGAAUACUAAAACAUUUCUAACAAUGGCGUUGAGGAGUAUCUUCUUGGAAGUCAGCAAGGGGGGUGCGUCGCUCCUCAAGGUGUCGCUGGGUCACACUCCGGGUCACACAGCCGCUCGGAAGGGGAACAAUACCAAAAGAGAGCAAUAGAAAAGCAAGAAUAAUAAAAACAAUGGACACGGUGUUUUUUGUAUGUUGUACUGUUCUGUUGUGGUGUUUAAUGACAUUUUAUUUAUAAAUAUUGUGUAUUUUCUCUCUUUUGUUGUGUUGUUCCCGUUUGUACGGAAUGCCGCUGUCCUCUCUUGAGUUGUCGAGGGGUCAGGUGCGACACCUCGUCUGGCGUCAGGGGGUCCCAACGGCCUCUGUUGGGUCUUCUUAUCACCAAAGAGGACCCGUUUGAAUGAAUCAUUUUGCCCGUUUUUUAAGAUGAGGCUGGACCUUCUCGUCUUCACGGGGAGGAGGAGCAGGAGAACGCUUGCGACCUCCUGAAGCAUCAGCGACUUGUCCUCUCUCACAGCAGCUCUUCCUGUCGGCGGGCGGAGGAGGAAGAAGAUAAAGAUGACGAUGAAGAUGGCGUGUAACUCCUGCGUUGUUUUUCUUCUCCUUUGUCUUCCAGCAUGUCAGUCAGCGCACGGCCGCUACGCCCAGAAGCUCCUGGUUGACUUGUUUGCCAACUACACUAACGCCCUGCGCCCGGUGGCGGACACGGACCACGUCAUCAACGUGACGCUUCAGGUCACGCUGUCACAGAUCAUCGACAUGGACGAGAGGAACCAGAUUCUGACCACCUACCUGUGGGUGCGGCAGGUGUGGAUGGACGCCUUCCUGGCCUGGAAGAAGGACGACUACGACGGGCUAGACACCAUCCGCAUCCCCAGCAGCUACGUGUGGCGGCCCGAUAUCGUCCUAUACAACAGUGCCGACGACGAGUUUUCCAGCUCCAUGGAAACCAACGUGGUCCUGAGACACGACGGCCAGGUGAUGUGGGACCAGCCGGCAAUCACCAAGAGCUCGUGCUCCGUGGACGUGGCCUUCUUCCCCUUCGACGUCCAGCAGUGUCACCUCACGUUCGGCUCCUGGACUCACAACGGCAACCAGAUGGACUUGUUCAACGCGUUGGACAGCGCCGAUCUGGCAGACUUCAUCCCCAACGUGGAGUGGGAGAUCCUGGGAAUGCCUGCCAAGAAGAACGUGAUCCUUUAUGGCUGCUGCUCAGAUCCGUACCCGGACAUCACCUUCACCCUCCAUUUGAAGAGGAGGUCCUCCUUCUACAUCUUCAACCUGCUCCUUCCUUGCAUGAUGAUCUCCUUCCUGGCCCCGCUGGGAUUCUACCUGCCGGCCGACUCCGGCGAGAAGGUCUCGCUGGGCGUCACCGUCCUGCUGGCCCUGACCGUCUUCCAGCUGCUGGUUGCUGAGAGCAUGCCGCCCUCUGAGAGCGUCCCACUCAUCGGAAAGUACUACAUCGCCACCAUGACGAUGGUGACGGCGUCCACGGCGCUCACCAUUUUCAUCAUGAACAUCCACCACUGCGGCCCAGACGGACAACCCGUGCCGGCUUGGGCCGAACGCUUCAUCCUCAAAUAUUUGGCCCGCGUGUGCUUCGUUUACGAACCGACGGACGAGCGCUUCGGCGCGCCAUCCGCCAGUAAACGGCCGGAAUCCGACGGGAACAAGUGCAACGGCGAGCCGCCGUGCCUCGACAAGAGCGGCCGGAAGGAGGACACCUUCGGCACGCUGGACCACGUGGACGUGGGUGAAGAUACCACAGAGGGCGAGCGGUCGGGAGGAGGCGACGCGGAUAGCAGGAAGGAGGCGUGCGAUUGCCGUCAUCACCAAGGUCUGCGCAGGAACGUGGAGUACAUCGCCAACGCCUACCAGGACCAACGUGACGCCCAGCUGCGCGUGGGAGAAUGGAGGAAGCUCGCCAAGGUCAUGGAUCGCUUCUUCAUGUGGCUCUUCUUCAUCAUGGUCUUCAUCAUGAGCCUCCUGAUCCUGGGGAAGGCCGUCUGAUCGGCGCCGCGGCACCGGUACCUUGACUUUUGAGCGCCCCAACUUACCAGCUUUUCGAGCUUUGAGCCGUUUAUCAUUCGGAGGUUUUUGCUUUGCGUUGCGAGCCAAAAAUUGGAGUCACAAGCGAGUUUCAGAUACCCGCCGGAGUGAAGUGAAAAGGUGCUGUCAUCCCCUCACGCCUAGGCUGCAACUAGCGAUUAUUCUAACGAUGGAUUGAUUUGCCAAUUCCUUUUCUUUGACUAAUCGAAUUGCAUUAAAACAUUUCAAAUUUUCAUCCCUUUAUUAAAAAACAAGACUAUUUCAACUUGACUGAAGAAAAAGCACAAACAUAAAUUGAUUAUAAUUCAGUCAGUGGUUCGGUCCAUAGCAUGUCAGAAAAUGGGCAAAAAUGUUGAUCGUUGUCUUUUCAAAUGUUUUAUUUUGAUCCAGCAUGGUGAUAAUUAGUCAGUGCAAUUGAAUUGCGUUCUGGCCUUCGUCACAGAAGGAAUUCAACUCUUAAGUCAAGGUACCGCUGUACUCGCCAUCCGCCCACACCCCCGUCAACGUUAUUGCUUCGUGCCGUCGUCUGACAUUCUGGACCUUCACCGCUGCUCCGUGGCACCGUGGAGAGACCCGACCGCCGUGGCUCCAGCUGGGAUGCAGGACUCGUCUUCUUUCCAUUGGCACCAAAGUUGAGCAUCAAAAGCAAAUUGUGUGCGUGCGUGCCAAAUGUAUCAAGAAGUCACACGUCACAUUAAACAUGCGCCUUUACUUCC